CCCUGGUAUAUACGGGGGCCCCAGCCGCGCGGGGUCUCUAAUCUGCCAUUUUCUGUCUUUGAGCAAGUGUCUCGCUCUCCAGAUUCCCUCUGUUUUCCUCACAGGCUUUAUUCCUCCUGCUGGCCCACCACCUCAGGAGAACGAUGGCCGCAGAGUCCAGAGCCACUGCCGCCAUCGCCGCGGAGCUGGUUUCCGCCAAAAUGGAAGAAGAUGCUCCUGCUCCUUCUACCUCUGCAGAUAAAGCAGAGAGUCUGGAUGUGGAUAGUGAAGCUAAGAAACUAUUGGGUUUAGGACAGAAACACCUAGUGAUGGGGGAUAUUCCAGCAGCUGUCAAUGCAUUCCAGGAAGCAGCUAGUCUUUUAGGUAAGAAGUAUGGAGAGACAGCUAAUGAGUGUGGAGAAGCCUUCUUUUUCUAUGGGAAAUCACUUCUGGAGCUGGCAAGAAUGGAGAAUGGUGUGUUGGGAAAUGCCCUGGAAGGUGUGCAUGUGGAAGAGGAGGAAGGAGAAAAAACAGAAGACGAAUCUCUGGUAGAAAAUAAUGAUAACAUAGAUGAGGAAGCAAGGGAAGAGUUGAGAGAACAGGUUUAUGACGCCAUGGGAGAAAAAGAAGAAGCCAAAAAAAUAGAAGACAAGUCUCUGGUAAAGCCUGAAACUGAUAAAGAACAGGAGGCUGAAAUGGAGAAGGGUGGAAGAGAAGAUAUGGAUAUAAGUGAGCCUGCAGAGGAACUACAGGAAAAAGUUGAAUCAACUCCAGAUAAGUUAACUGAAACCAAUGGGAAAGCUAAGGAAGCCACAGCACCAGAAGGACUGCGUGAAGCUGAGGUCCCUUCUGGAAAGCUGGAACAGGAAGCGCCAGACGCUGAGGCAGGAAAAUCAGUUUCUGCACUUGAUGCCCAAGAAGAAUGCAGAGAAAAAGGAGGUCAGGAGAAACAGGGAGAAGUAAUUGUGAACAUAGAGGGGAAGCCAAAAGAAGCUUCAGGAAAGCAGCCUGUUGUGACUCCAGAAAAGCGGGGCAGUGCAUUGGAGGUAGAAGCAGAGCCUGUAGAUCCAACAAUCAAGCCAGUGGAUGUGGGUGGGGAUGGGCCAAAAGAGCUGGUAGCUGCUUCUGUAAAUGAGCCAGGAAAGGCUGUUCUUGAGCAGCUGGUAGGGCAAGAAGUACCUCCUGCUGAAGAGUCACCAGAGUUGAUAGCAGAGGCUGUAUCAGAAGUUCCUGAGAAGCUUGGGCAGGAGGCCAUAGUUCUUCCUAAGGAUGGUGCAGUCAAUGGACUGUUGGCUGCAGGAGAUAAGACUCCUAUUGAACCGCAGACUAAUGCAGAAGGACUGACAGAAAUGAAAGACGACUCAGAACUAGAGGAGGUCGGGGCAAAGUUGGUUCCUAAGGAGGAGAACAAGCUGUCCACAGAAGAGUCUGAGGUAGCUGGAGAUGGGGUUGAUACUGAGGUAGCUCAGGGGGCUACUGUGGAAUCUCCUGAAGACAAAGUUAAGAUAGCUGCUAAUGAAGAAGCACAAGAGAGAGAAGAACAGAUGAAAGAGGGUGAAGAAACUGAAGGCUCAGAAGAGGAGGAUAAAGAAAAUGACAAGGCUGAAGAAACACCAAAUGAUUCAGUUCUUGAAAACAAGUCACUUCAAGAAAAUGAAGAGGAGGAGAUUGGGAACCUAGAGCUUGCCUGGGAUAUGCUGGAUUUAGCAAAGAUCAUUUUUAAAAGGCAAGAAACAAAAGAAGCUCAGCUUUAUGCUGCACAAGCACAUCUUAAACUUGGAGAAGUCAGCGUUGAAUCUGAAAAUUAUGUCCAAGCUGUGGAAGAGUUCCAAGCUUGCCUUAAUCUGCAAGAGCAGUACCUGGAAGCCCAUGACCGUCUCCUUGCAGAGACCCACUACCAGCUAGGCUUGGCCUAUGGAUAUAACUCUCAGUAUGAUGAGGCAGUGGUACAGUUCAGCAAAUCCAUUGAAGUCAUUGAGAAGAGAAUGGCCGUACUAAAUGAGCAGAGGAAGGAGGCCGAAGGAUCACCUGCUGAAUAUGAGAAAGAAAUUGAGGAGCUGAAGGAGCUGCUACCUGAAAUCAGAGAGAAGAUAGAAGAUGCAAAGGAGUCCCAGCAUAGUGGGAAUGUAGCUGAAUUGGCUCUGAAGGCAACUCUGGUGGAGAGCUCGACUUCAGGUUUCUCUCCUAGUGGAGGAGGGUCUUCAGUCUCUGUGGUUGCCGGUAGAAAGCCAACAGAUGGAGCUUCCUCAUCAAAUUGUGUGACUGAUAUUUCCCAUCUUGUCAGAAAGAAGAGGAAACCAGAGGAAGAGAGUCCCCGGAAAGAUGAUGCAAAGAAAUCCAAACCAGAGCCGGAGGUGAAUGGGGGCAGUGGGGACACUGCCUCCAGUGGGAAGGAAGUCUCAGAAAACAUGGAGGAGGAGGCUGGGAAUCAGGCUGAGAGCCGGGCAGCAGUGGAGGCCGGAGCUCCAGUUGAAAGCACUGCAUGUUAAGAGAGGGAGCAGAGCCUUCCUCUCAAGGGAAAGUGUUUUUGUAUAUAAUGUAUUUUUUCACUUUUGGGGGAUUCUUUUUGUAUAACUUCAAUAAAGAUUGUAAGCAAAGGUU